UUCUUUAUGAAUAUUGCUCAAUAUAAGGAACAAAUUCGACAAUAUAAUUUUGUUCAUUCAACCAAUCAACGAGUACUUUGCAGUAAAUAUAAAGCAAAACCGGAUCCUAGUUGUUCUAACUGUAAUCCAGCGAAUUUAAACUUUGCUCUGGCAGCACAAUUUUCAAGAUUUUGGCCUUGGUUUCAAUUUAAAUAUCAAGCUCAAACUAAGUGGACAGCAAUAUCUGGCUUUAUUACCACUCCUAUACAAUCGGAAAACAAUAGUAACUCUGAAACUUCUUCCACUACAGCUAUAAUUGUAGAAUCUACUUGUAGUAGCUCUAAUUCUUCUACGACAGCUUUAGUUGCUGAAUCUACUCAUUUAACUAACAAUACUACACACAACCCACCAACAGAAACUAUAACUAAUACAAUUGCAACAACUACUUACAAUCCAGCUAAUAUAGCAUCUACAUCGAAUAACAUCAAUACAAACACAAAUUCAAAUCCAUACGGCAAAUUUUUUAUAAAUAUUUUCUCAGAUCUAAGUAACAUGUCUGGUCAAAGAACAUCUACUCGUAUAACGCACCAAAUACCUACUUUAAUAGAUAUACAAGAUAGAAAUAAUGAAAACAAUAGACACAGAGCUGACGAACGUCAUGUACCUAUCAAUAAUGAACAAAACAACCAUUUGCAGCAUGAACGAGAAGAAUUUAAUGCUGAAAAUGCUAUAAGAGCUAUUAUAAAAGGACUUAGACAACUUAGUCAAAAUCACACAGAACGAGCUACUGCUGACACUAACCCUAAGGAAUAUAAACUUGUAGAUUUUUCAAUCUUUUCAGGAAGUCAUGAUGAUAACCCUGUUGAAUGGUAUGAAACUUUUAACAGAGCCUAUAUCAGUAAUAAUAUUUCGGAAAACUGA